AUGUGGAAUUAUCGACGCCGAGUGCUUCAGCAUGAGUUUUCACAAGCAGUUUCCGAGGAUUCAUCGGAGCCCGAUAUGGGCCGAAUCACGACUCUAAUCCAAACGGAUUUGCAAUUCCUGAUCCCCCUCCUGCGUAGCUUUCCCAAAUGCUAUUGGAUCUGGAACUACCGGCUGUGGCUUCUCGAAGAAGCCAAGCGUCUUCUUCCCAGAACCGUCGCCCGUAAAGUAUGGCAGCAGGAACUCGCCCUGGUAGGCAAGAUGCUCAGCUUGGACAGCCGCAACUUUCAUGGUUGGGGCUAUCGACGCUUCGUGGUAGAAACCCUGGAAAGUCUUUCUGCUGAUGAAGAGAACGAAAGAAGCCUGGCGGAGACGGAGUUUGACUAUGCAAAGAAGAUGAUCGGCACCAACCUCUCCAACUUCUCCGCCUGGCAUUACCGUACUAAACUUAUCCAGCGUUUAUUGAGCGAGAAGUCGGCGAGUGACGAAGAACGAAAACAGAUGCUUGACAAUGAGCUGGAACUUAUCCAUCGCGCCUUGUGCGAUCCGUAUGAUCAGUCAUUAUGGUUCUACCACCAGAACCUGAUGUGUACCUUUGACCCAAGCAAAUCAGGUCAGACGAUGGCACCGAAUUUGACCAGAACAGAGCGGCUAGGCUACAUCCAUCGGGAGAUCGAGGAAAUCCAGGAGAUGUUGGAUGGGGCCGAAGACUGCAAGUAUCUGUACCAGGCGCUUAUAGACUGCACCCUACUGGCCGCGAGGGUGGAACAGAGAACGCUGGAUGGAGAGCAAAAGACGCAGGUAUCGGCCUGGUUGUCCGAGCUGAAGAAGCUGGAUCCUCUGCGAGCAGGACGGUGGCUAGAGUUGGAACAGUCGCUCUGCAGCUGA